CUGAACGGACGCGAAUCACCAGUUGCUAUUCAUUUUUCUAUAUACUCGAUCACCAAUAACUAUACGAUGGGUAUAAGAGGUUCCAAGUCAAAGCAGAGCUAUGAAGUGAAAACUUCUGACCCGCAAAAGCAAAAAACCCAAAAGGUGAACUCUGAUCCCCCUGCUCCACCUACAAAAUCGGAACCAGAGAUUGACCAAAGCAAUUUGGUGCCCCAGUGGUUGAAUGAAACGCAAUUUAUUGAAUUACUUGCCGCGAACGUAGCUGACUUCUCAAAGAUAGUGAAUUUCCGGAUAAAACCCGCCAUGUCCCCUGGAGAAAACUACGCCACUUUAAUGCUGAGAAUCAGUAUUGAUGUCGAACUCACAGACAAGAGCACCAAACAGGUCUCCUACAUGAUGAAGACUCCACAUGACACUCCUCAUAUGCAGCAAAUGCUGACCAUGGCCAACUUUUUUGUCACCGAGAACUUAGCCUAUAUUGAUAUACUGCCUAAAAUGGAGGCGCUCUAUAAGGCCAAGGGUCUAGACAUCAAAUUUGCGCCUAGAGCAUUCAAACUGAACUCCGAAAAGGAACCUAAACUAGCCAACACAGUUUUGAUGAAUGAUCUCGGUCAAAAUGGUUUUAAGAACUUGAACCGUCUGGAGUGCCUCAACUUGGAACAAACUAAGUUUGCUCUAAGGAAACUAUCUCAGUAUCAUGCAGCUGGUGCCACGAUGGUCCAGGAACACGGUCCCUAUCCUGAUGUAUUCCUAUACGGCGCGAUGGGAAAAAAUAUAGAUGCUAUAAGGGGUUUUGUCGAACAAAUGGUGGGAACUUUUAGAACUUCAUUUUUAGCUAAUCUGGAUAAGUUCAGCAAUGGAGAAGCGUACCGUGAGAAACUGGAAAAAGUUCUGGCGGGCCUGUCUGAUGAGUUCAUGAAGCUGGGCGCCAUCGAUCCCUCUGAAUUUAAUGCGUUGAACCAUGGCGAUUGCUGGAUGAAUAAUCUGCUGUUCAAGGUCGACUCCAAAGGGGAAUUGGAGGAUGUGGUUUUCGUUGAUUUCCAGAACCCCAAAUUCGGCACCCCCGCUAUGGAUUUACUCUACUUUAUUAUGACCUCUGUGCACAUUGACUACAAGCUGGACUACUUUGACUUCUUCAUCAGGCACUACCACGAACAGUUGACCAAGCACUUGGAUAUUUUAGGAUUUACUGGACGACAGCCUUCGUUAAGGGAAUUGCACAUUAAUCUGAUCAAGCACGGUGGUUGGGUUCUUUUCCCAACGAUUGCAGUGCUGCCAGUGGUUCUUUUAGACCCCGUUGAGUCGGCCACAUUUGAAAACUUCAUGGCAGAAACCGAAGCUGGCGCCAAUUUCAAGAACCUUUUGUAUAGCAACAAACGCUACAAGGGUUACAUUGAAAAAAUUCUGCCCUGGUUGGAAAAUCGUGGAUUUCUGGAGCCCAGCACUGACUCUAUUCCAUCUAUUCAACCUCCUGAGCCAGCAGCACAGCAGCAAUCACAGCCUGAGGCUCCCACCCAGAUCCUGGACUGGCUCAAUGUCAGCGACUUCAAGGAGAUCAUUUCUGCCAACGAACCCAAUUUCGAGAAGAUAGUCAGCGGCUCUUGGAAGUCCGCCACGAAGCCUGGAGACAAUUAUGCUUCUAAGCUUCUGAAAGUUGAUAUCGAAGCGCAAUUAAAAGACAAUAGCGUCAAGUCCUUUUCUUACAUCCUGAAGGUGCAAACAUCCAACGAAGUAAUCAACUUCUCCGACUUCAACUUGUUUCCCAAGGAGAUCGAGGUGUACGGCACAUAUGUACCGGCCUUCGAAAAACUCUACAAGGAUGCCGGCUUGCCUGUCACGUUUAGUGCCAAGUCCUUCCGCCUCAGCAAGGAUGUCAGCGAGGACUAUCUGAUAUUGGAAAACCUGCAAACCAGCGGAUUCAAAAUGUGCGACCGCAUGAAGGGAAUGGACUUGGAGCACACCAAGAGCAUGUUAAAGAAAUUGGCCCAGUGGCAUGCAGCUUCACUGAAAUACAAGGAACUCAAUGGACCUUAUCCGCCAAAAUACAACAAUGGCAUCUUUACGGUGCAAACUGCUGAUAUUUUCAAGGGUAUGUUUGCCCAAACGAAGAAACCAUUUUUGGAAGAAGUGGCCAAGUUUGACGGCGUCGAUGAGUAUCUACACAAAUUGGCCCAAAUUAUGGACGUCCAUGUGGAUAAAAUAAUUGAAGAUGCCAAGAUCAAUGAGCACGAGUUCAAUGUUCUUAAUCACGGCGACGCCUGGAUUAAUAACAUCAUGUUCCAGUACGAUGCGGAGGGUCACGUAAAGGAAACCUUUUUGCUGGAUCAUCAGGUCACAAAAUACGGAAAUCCUGCCCAGGAUCUGUACUACUUCAUCAUGAGCUCCACUCAGUUGGACAUAAAAGUUGAUCAGUUUGAUUAUCUCAUCCGUUGGUACCAUCAAAAUCUAGUGGAACACACCAAAUUGUUGAAGUACAAUGGAUUUGUUCCCUCUCUAAAGGAACUACAUAUCAUUUUGCUAGAGCAUCCUGUUUUUGCUGCUGAAACUAUGCUAACCACCUUGACAAUUUGCCUAAACAAGACGGAUGAUAAUUUCUCUACCGAUGACUUGUUUAAAGACAGUAAGGAUGCGGAAUCCAUGAGAACGGAAAUUUUCAGCAACGAACGUUACAGAGCCAACAUCGAGCGCGUUAUGCCGUGGUUGAAUAGACGAGGAUUGCUUGACGCCUUCACCUCUUAAUAAGAACAAUUAACUUGUUAUGCCUUGACUGAAAAGAGAAAAACCAGGAGAAUUUGGGAAUAUAUUUUUUCUAUUUUAACAAACGACUAAAUAAAUGUGUGAUCACAA